CCAGAAUUUACUGCUAAGUGAGAGAAAUGGGUUCAGCGAGUUUGGUCCCGUUUUUGCGGUUUUUCUUGGUGUUUGUUAAUUGAGCGACACGGUCGUUAAGUGAGUCUGACUUCCCCAUUGAAGGUUGCAAAAGGUGAUCACAUGUGUCUCUGGGACAGGGCCAUCUCGGGGAUGUUGUAAGGGUCGCAGGUGUGAACAAUGGCCAAAAAGUUGCUUUUUUUAAAACUGCCCUUUGUAGCUUCAAAAGAAACUGGUGUAAGUCGAAGACGACUACCUGUACAGGAACUGUUGGAUGAAAAGACAGGGGUGUCAGGCUAACAGCUCCAUUCUUGAUCUACAGUCAUAGUGGCUUGGUUUGGAAUAGUGGCUGAAGAACAUCUGGGAAGCCAAGGUUGAGAAAGAAAGGCUGAAGGGGUUGUGUUAAACCUGGGAGGGUUACUUUUUGCAUUUAUGUUUUUUUUUUGUGUGUGUGUGUGAAUGGAUAGAAAGUGUCUUUGGAAAUCAGGUGGGGAAAGGUCUGCUUGGAUGAAGGAGAACAUUUUACUAUGGGGUGUGAAGGACCCAGGUCUCUAUUAGUGUAUACAGGAAAAAAAAUAUUAAAAUUUCCCAAGAUGAUGUAAUGCAGGAUAUGAGGAAAAAUGCAUAAGAAACCAACUGACUUAAGAGAGUGUUUCAGAUACUGUCUGUGUGAAGCAUAUAUGAGCUUUUAGAGAAUGACAAAGUAAUGGACUAUAAUUUCAAGAAGGAAGAUGGGUCAAUAUGAAAAAAGGAUGAUGAAUGCUAAGAAUGAUGACCUCUGAAUGAACAAUAAAAGGGAGGAGAUAAUUUUAAUCUAUUACACAUACUGCUGACUGAAGUUUCAUGUUACUAGCCUAACAGAAUUGCUCCACUGUUAAUUGCUUCCUGGUUUCAGUGAAGUCUGUAAAACAUUUAUAGUUACUUGACCUAGGAACUCAAUGAAAGGAAGUUACAUAGAUGCCUAUUACAAUAUGCCUUGGCUGGCUGGUUGAGAAGGAAGAUAUUGGCUCUACUCAAAUGGAUCUUAGCUGGUGUGCAUAAUAGGAUGUGUGCUGGAUCUUUUCAUGGAGACUAACAGUACUCGUGGAAAAAGAUAAACAGCUAAUGGCUUCUGAAUCGUUGGUCCCAGAGCAAGGAAAGCGUACGGUGACAGGAAGAAGGCAUCAGAAGCAGGAAAGGACACCUUUGAAUGGUGAUGGGGAAGAAGACACAUUUGUAUUUGAAGCCAAUGAAGCUUGGAAGGAUUUUCACAGCUCUCUUCUCCAUUUCUAUGAAUCUGGGAAGCUUUGUGACGUGACACUAAAGGUGGGCUCAAAGUUGAUUACCUGUCAUAAGCUUGUCCUGGCUUGUGCUAUACCUUACUUCAGAGCCAUGUUUCUUUCGGAAAUGGCAGAAGCUAAACAAUCCUUGAUUGAAAUCAAAGAUUUUGACGGUGAUGCCAUUGAAGACUUGGUCAAGUUUGUGUAUUCCUCCCAGCUAGUGCUGACAGUUGACAAUGUCCAGCCUCUCUUAUAUGCUGCCUGCAUUCUCCAAGUGGAGAUAGUGGCCAAAGCUUGCUGUGAGUACAUGAAGCGGCAUUUUCACCCUUCAAAUUGCCUGGCAGUGAGGGUCUUUGCAGAGAGUCACAACCGUAUUGACUUGAUGGACAUGGCUGACCACUAUGCCUGUGAACACUUUGUUGAAGUGGUGGAAUGUGAAGACUUUGUGAGUGUAUCACCUCAGCACCUUCAUAAACUCUUGUCUUCAAAUGACCUGAGCAUUGAGAAUGAAAAGCAAGUUUAUUGUGCUGCUAUUAAAUGGCUUUUGGCCAAUCCCCAGCACCAUGCUUUAUGGUUAGAUGAAAUAGUUGCUCAGGUACGCCUCCCUCUGUUACCUGUUUGUUUCCUGAUGGGAGUUGUGGCAAAAGAACAAAUAGUCAAGCAGAACUUAAAAUGCCGAGAUUUGUUAGAUGAAGCAAGAAACUACCACCUUCAUUUAAGCAGUCAUACGGUACCCGAUUUUGAAUAUUCUGUUCGGACAACGCCAAGGAAACACACAGCAGGUGUCCUUUUCUGUGUUGGAGGGCGUGGGGGAUCAGGUGAACCGUUUCGCAGUAUUGAAUGCUACUCGAUAAAUAAAAAUAGCUGGUUUUUUGGUCCUGAAAUGAACAGUAGAAGGAGGCAUGUAGGAGUCAUCUCUCUGGGAGGUAAAGUUUAUGCUGUGGGUGGGCACGAUGGAAAUGAACAUCUAGGCAGCAUGGAAGUGUUUGAUACUCUCACAAAUAAAUGGAUGAUGAAAGCAUCAAUGAAUACCAAAAGGAGAGGAAUUGCUCUCGCCUCUCUUGGAGGCCCAAUUUAUGCCAUCGGAGGCUUAGAUGAUAACACUUGCUUCAGUGAGGUGGAAAGAUAUGACAUGGAAUCGGACCAGUGGAACGGAGUUGCGUCUAUGAAUACCCCUCGCGGAGGAGUUGGUUCUGUAGCUCUUCUGAAUAAUGUAUAUGCCGUUGGUGGAAAUGAUGGUGUGGCUUCUCUAUCUAGUGUGGAGAAAUAUGAUCCUUAUCUUGAUAAAUGGAUAGAAGUGAAAGAAAUGGGUCAGCGGAGAGCUGGCAAUGGGGUUAGUGAACUUCAUGGCUGUUUAUAUGUGGUAGGUGGUUUUGACGACAAUUCUCCACUUAGCUCGGUUGAGAGAUUUGACCCUCGUGCUAAUAAGUGGGAAUAUGUAGCAGAACUAACAACUCCUAGGGGUGGAGUUGGCAUAGCAACAUUAAUGGGGAAAAUUUUUGCCGUUGGAGGACAUAAUGGGAACACUUACCUGAACACAGUGGAAACCUUUGAUCCAGUAGCAAACAGGUGGGAGCUUGUGGGCUCCGUGUCUCACUGCAGAGCUGGGGCAGGAGUUGCUGUGUGCGCUUGCCUAAGCAGUCAAAUUCGUGAUAUGGGUCAAGGUUCUAGCAACGUGGUGGACUGCAUGUGAAUUUAGGUUGAAGCCUGCAAAGGUUGUGAAAUGCUUUAAGCCUCCUUUACUAUUGUACAAAGACUUCUGAAUGUUUGAAGCAAUAUAUGUAAAUAUACUAGGAUAGUUUUUGUAUGACAAUCUGAGUGCUGUGGAAGUUUUAAAGUAUUUACUUACAAUAAAAACUUGAAAAAAAUUA